UUCAUGAAGUGAGAUCUUAACGAAUCAGGUUGCAUACCGCAGCCCGUCAUCUCUGAAGGUCUUAGUCGGGGCAAGAGGUCUGGAGGGAGGUCUCCUCUGUGGAGACCAGCGUUGCAUGUCUUCCGAGGAGGGAAGUGAAGAGUGAAGAUUUGUCAUUUUGAAGCGCCGUCCUUCUCUUCAAGCCGCUGAACGCCUGAAGCUCCGCUCGGUUCUGCUUUUCUUUUCCGUUCUUUGGGGAACUCUGCGGGGAUAUUCCGCUCCUUUUCGGAAAUGUGGUGGAUGCUUUUUCCACGAUGGAUUUGGUUUAUUUUCGGGCAAUGCUCUGUUUGGCUCAUGUACAUGGAGAGCUUCUGCGUGGAGGGGAUGCCCAUGUCUCUGGCCAAGGUGGUGUACUCCCACGCGGGCAUGUGCCCCAACGAGCUGAACCCCAACCUGUGGGUGGACGCGAUGAGCACCUGCAUGCGGGAGUGCGAGUCUGACCAGGACUGCGAGACCUUCGAGAAGUGCUGCGCCAACGUGUGCGGCAACAAGAGCUGCGUGGCGGCACGCUACCUGGACAUCAAGGGCCACAGGGGCCCCAUCGGCAUGCCCACAGGGGCCACCUGUGACAAGCUGAUGUGCUCACAGCAGGGCUCAGAGUGCGACAUCUGGGACGGCCAGCCCGUCUGCAAGUGCCGCGACCGCUGCGAGCGCGAGCCCCUGUUCACCUGCGCCUCCGACGGCAUGACCUACUACAACAAAUGCUACAUGGACGCCGAGGCCUGCUCCCACGGCACCGCCAUCUCUGUGGUCACCUGCAGGUUCCACCUUACCUGGCCCAACACCAGCCCCGUCCCCAUGGAGACCACGCUGCGCCCCACCACCGCCCUCCAGACCACCCUGCCCGCCGAUGCGCAACCCCCCGCCCUGCUGAGCGGCCCCGCCCAGCUGGCUGUGCUGGUGGGCGACACCGCCAGCUUCCUGUGCGAGGUGGCGGGGAAGCCGCGGCCCGAGCUGACGUGGGAGAAGCAGCUGGAGGGCUCAGAGAAUGCCGUCAUGCGGCCCAACCACGUACGCGGCAACGUGGUGGUCACCAACAUCGGUCAGCUGGUCAUCUACAACGCCCAGCCGCACGACGCCGGCGUCUACACCUGCACCGCCCGCAACGCCGCCGGCUCUGUCUCCGCCCACUUCCCCCUGGCCGUGGUGCGCAGGGAGGAGGGCGGGGGCCCAGGGGCAGAGGGGAACGGCUCCGUGGCCGCGGGGCCCUUCCCCGCCGAGGAAUGCCUGAAGGGCCCAGACACGGACGACUGCGGCGAGGAGAGCAUCAGUUGGUACUACGAGUCCAUGAGGAACAACUGCUUCACCUUCACCUACAGCCAGUGCAACAAGAACCGCAACCACUUCGCCAGCCACCAGGCCUGCAUGCGGUCGUGCGGUGUGGAGCUGGCGGCACCCUGCGGCCUGCCCAGCUUGCAGGGGCCCUGCAAGGCCUACGAGCCUCGCUGGGCCUACAGCGCCGCCCUCAAGCAGUGCCAGUCCUUUGUGUACGGCGGCUGCGGUGGAAACGAGAACAACUUUGAGUCCAAGGGCGCCUGCGAGGAGAUGUGCCCCUACCCCAAGAACCGCCACUGCAAGGCCUGCCGGCCACGUGGCAAGAUGGUGACCAGCUUCUGCAGGAGCGACUUUGUGGUACUGGGCCGCAUGACGGAGCUGACAGAGGAGCAGGAGUCAGGCCACGCCCUGGUGACGGUGGAGGAGAUCCUGAAGGACGACAAGAUGGGCCUCAAGUUCUUCGGGAAGGAGCCCCUGGAGGUGACGCUGCUCAGCAUGGACUGGAAGUGCCCGUGCCCCAACGUGACGGCGGCCCCCGGCCAGCUCAUCCUCAUGGGAGAGGUGACGGCCGGCAUGGCCGUGCUGCAGCCCGACAGCUUUGUGGCCGCGUCCAGUGCCCGCCGUGUCAGAAAGCUCCGCGAGGUGGUCCAGAAGAAGACCUGCGACUUCCUCAAGGAGUUCACCACCAUCCAGUAG